UCUGCAGCCUAGAUAAAGAGAGCUGUCAUUCUGUAGCCUAGGGGUCAAGAGCUGUCAUUCUGUAGCCUAGAGAGAGAGCUGUCAUUCUGCAGCCUUGAGGUCAAGAGCUGUCAUUCUGCACCCUAGGGAGAGAGCUGUCAUUCUGCAGCCUAGAGAUAGCGAGGUCAGGGAUGGAAGCCUUCACUGUCGAGAGUCCUCUCGUCAACUACACAGAUGAGUUCAUCGAGUCUGACUACAGUUACCAGACAACGCGAGUGCACAAGGACAAUGGAAGGAUCAAGGUUGUUCCCGUAAACACCCAAGUGAAAUUUCGUACCGAGAGGCGGAGGCCAAGGUUAGGGUGUAUGCUGGUUGGAUGGGGAGGCAACAAUGGCUCAACAGUCACUGCGGCUGUCAUUGCUAACCAGAAAAAGAUGAACUGGCAUACCAAGGAAGGAGUCCAGCAUGCCAAUUUCUACGGCUCACUGACACAGACAUCAACAUUAUCACUUGGCAGGGGCGAAGAUGGAGAUGUUAACAUCCCCUUCAAGGACAUUCUGCCAAUGGUUGAACCAACAGAGAUACUAUUUGAUGGAUGGGAUAUUUCGUCGAUGAAUCUUGCGGAUGCCAUGAGCAGAGCCCAGGUCCUAGAGUAUGAACUUCAGCAGAAACUGAACCCGUACAUGAAGAACUUGAAGCCUCGACCCUCUAUCUAUUUCCCAUCAUUCAUUGCAGCCAAUCAGAAGGAUCGAGCAGAUAAUGUGCUGACAGGCACUAAACAAGAGUUGCUGGAGACAAUCAGGAAUGACAUCAGAGAUUUUAAAAUGGCUAAGAAACUUGACAAGGUGAUUGUUCUUUGGACAGCCAACACAGAGAGAUUCUGCGCUGUGGAAACCGGACUCAACACGACAGCCGAGGAACUCCUGAGCUCAAUCAACAGAAACACCGAAGAGAUUUCUCCAUCCACACUCUUUGCAGUGGCCAGUAUCUUGGAAGGAUGUACCUACAUCAACGGCUCUCCCCAGAACACGUUUGUCCCUGGAGUGGUCGACCUUGCCACCCAGAAGGGCGUGAUGAUCGCUGGGGAUGACUUUAAAUCAGGACAGACCAAACUCAAGUCUGUAUUGGUUGACUUUCUUGUGAGCGCUGGAAUCAAGCCAACAUCGAUUGUGAGUUACAAUCACCUUGGCAACAACGAUGGCAAGAAUCUUUCAGCUCCGCAACAAUUCCGAUCAAAGGAGAUCUCCAAGAGCAAUGUAGUGGAUGACAUGGUAGAGUCCAAUCCAAUCUUGUACAAGGACAACAAGAAACCAGAUCAUUGUGUUGUCAUCAAGUAUGUUCCUUACGUCAGCGACAGUAAACGUGCCUUAGACGAGUACACAUCAGAGAUUAUGAUGGGAGGGCGUAACACAUUAGUCAUUCACAACACGUGUGAAGACUCUCUCUUAGCGACCCCCAUCAUCCUGGACUUGGUGAUUCUUGCUGAGAUAUGCCAGAGGAUUUCAUUUAAGACAGAUGAAGAAGAUGAGUACCAGAGAUUCCAUCCUGUGUUGUCCAUCUUAAGCUACCUGUGUAAGGCUCCGUUAGUCCCCAAUGGAACGCCAGUUAUCAACGCCUUGUUCAAACAGCGUGCCUGUAUUGAAAAUAUAUUCAGAGCAUGCGUUGGAUUGCCUCCUCAGAGUCACAUGACUCUUGAACACAAGUGUGGCGCCCUCUCUGGACUGAGCAAGGUCCAUCACACGAGGACCAGCCACAAGCAAGUGAACGGGCACGUAAACGGAAUGACCAAUGGCAAAGGUGUUUUGGACAAAUUGACCAAUGGGGAAGCUAGUGAAGCAACUAAUGGCCAUACGCAUUUGUCCAAUGGUUUAAACUCCAUGAGCAAUGGUGUUGUAUGAAAAAAAGCCAAAAAAACAUAACAAAUAUUUCUUCAUACAUGUUCUUAAAGAUAUGGAUGUAAACUUUAUUGUGAUUUUUAAUAUUGUUUCCUAGGUUGUUUCGCAAACUAGGGUGUGAUCUCUGGCAAAGCGACAGUUAGGAACCAUCCAAACAAAGAUAUUGACAAAAUAGGAAGACCGCCAACAUAGGGCUAGAUAGAUCAGCCGGCUCGUUUAUCUGAAGGUCGGAGGUACAAGUCCCACUCUAGUCAAGUUUUUUUUGCUCACCCAAAAAAUAUUUAAAGGCAGUGGACACUAUUGGUAAU